AGGCAGUCAGUUAGGCAGGCAGACAAACAGUUCGUCAGUAGGACAGUCAGUCAGUCUUAAUAUCAUUUACAAAACAGUUACCGGUUAUUGUCUUUCCUUGCCAGAUAUGAGCCUAGGCAAAUGAUCAGAAGUAUCUUUGUUUGUAGGAAUCAGGCUACGUAAAGGGAAAGCCUGUGAUGUGUUUGAGUGCUUGUUAAGGUUUCCCUUUCUCAACUAAAUCCAUGAAAUUCGUCAUCUUUUGUUCCGUUUGUCAGCUCUGACAAUUACGUCAGUUUGCUUCGCGUUUUUUUAGUCACGGACAAUCACUUUGUUUUUUAAAACAAAACAGUAGUUGUUCGUUAAACAGUGAGCACUCUGGUUAGAAAGACAGACCGAUAGAAAUUCCUUACACGAAAAUGUAAAUAUUAAACCAUUAGAUGCUUCCAUUUAAUCCGACAAUCAACUAAAUGACAUACUGAGGGGGAAUAAAAAUAAAAGACCAAACCGCAAAUGAUAUUGGUAAGUUUGUUUGCGAACAUAAUAAAAGUUACAUAUUUUACAUCACAAUAGUUACUCAGACAAGGUUGCUUGUUCUUUGAUUGGUCGCGUAGUAUAUCACGAAUCGUUAACUAAAGUACAUAAAGCAAAACAGAUAUUAAGCCAUUUUUUAGGCCCCUUGGGGGUUACCGGCUUUGAGUGUAUUAUUUGUUAUUCUUUAUGUUUUCAAUCUCCUUAAAAGCGCUCAUGUUAAACACGCAAACACAGAACUUAAUAAGAUUACCUCUUUCCCAAGUGAAUACUACAAAUUUUCCACAGUGUCUUCUUACGCGGACUGAAAAAAGUCGUUUGUUUCUCGGUGACUGGGCAAUAUCUCUAAUUAUCUGUAAUACCUGUCGGGUAAUUGGAGACGCUUUUAAGAAGAUAUCAUUUCACUCAAGUUAGAAACACAACCAGAGAUCGCGGUGGUGUAGAGAUAGCAAAGUCUUAAAAUCGACAAGUAGAAAUAUGUAAUCAACGAAACCAACUUGGAAGAUAAAGACAGCUAACUGACGGGAUAGAAAAGUCCGUGGAAAGAAAUUCAAAGGAAGGAGAUCGAGACAAUGGAAGAACAGAGGCAAAGCAGUAAAACAGAAUCGACGAAAGAACACAGUGACGUUUCUCAAGUCCCCGCUCAAGUCCAUGUUCAGCUACCGACAGGAGAAACUUUAAGUUUUCAAGCCAAGCGCUCGACGAAUGUGCGCGAUUUGAAAAUGAUGGUCGAGGUAAAUAGCGGUGUUCCGUCAGACUUGUUUACACUUGUACACAAUCGAGGUGACAACAAAGCUAUUGAACUCAAUGAUGAGAUAAAGAUGGCGGACAUCGAGGCGCAACCCGCCCGUGGGGGAGCCGGUGAGGAGGACGGUGGUGAAGGAAUGACGUUUGAGCUCAGCAUUCCCCCAUGGUGGCAGCGCUUCGUGGACCGGUGUAUGAAGCGGGAUGAUCGGCAGAUAUUCAAACGCAUUUUCAUCAAGAUGAAUCAGAUCUCGAGCGAAGAGAGAGCUUUCGUCGCAGCUUUCAUAGCAGCGCAAAAAGGAGACGGUGAAUUGUUGCAGGACUUGUUGAACGGAGAUGUGAAAAUUGACGUCAAAAAAACCGUGCAAUGCAGCGGUCGCACGCUUCUACACGCCGCGGUAGCAGGCGGGAACUUCUCUUGCGCGGCGGCAAUCUUCAUGAACGAUGGUUCGUCGCUGCUAUCCAGAGCUGACCGUCAGGGAGUCACGCCUAUGGAUAUGGCUAAAAACACCAACCAACAUGAUCUGGUGAAACUACUAAACCAGUACGUGGAACUACAGUCCCAGGAAGUUUCAGAAAGCCAGUCCGCCAUCGGCAAAACGUUGGAGGCUGACAUUAAAGGCAUUGGGGAAGACGAGUUACGCGCUAACGGCCAGAAACACCAGGCAAAUGACACGAAGACCGAUCAAGUCGAGGAAUCUAAACAAGACAUGACUCACCAAAAUGAAUCAAAAGAAAAACCAGCGAGGUCAACAGUUGACGACAUCAUGUACAAGGUGAGGGACGAACUGGAGAGAGAAGAAGUCAAUCAACGAAAGGAAAACAAAGAAGAGUUCAGCGAAGGACCUAUUCCUGCACGUGCUGUACCCCAAAGGAUGUUACAUAGAGGUUCCAAUCCUCAGCUCAAGCUGCACAUGCCAUUAAGAGCCUGCCGGUCACUAAACAACCAUGAUAGACCUUCUUCUGCAGGUUCUGUGCGCACAUGCGUCGAAGAAAUAAGACCGUUGACUGGCAAACCUAUCCCGGUGGUCAAACAGGUUGAGGAAAAGCUACCUAAAGUGAACACCCCAACCUCAUCACCUAUGAAUUCUCCGCGCUUGGGUCGUAAACUCGUUCCAUCGCUUCUCAACCCGGAGAGGCCAGGAAGUCCUAUCCUCAGCCCCAGAUCUCCAUUGCAUCCCCGUCCCAAGUCUCCCUUGUUACCUCGCCCGAGGUCCCCCACUACUCCGCUGAUGAGAACACAGGCGAUCCGUACGUACAGCUCGCCUGCGGGCUCACCUGAACCGAGGAGAAGGGCCAUGAGCUUGCACGUGGGAGAGAAUGGGAACAGACAAAUGAGCAGCCAGAUGAAAGACUUCCUAAUGUCACACUAUGAAUCCCGCGAAAGCAAGCCCUGGAACAUAUGGAAGACAAUCAGGAAAAACCAGUUAGACCACUUUGAUGUGUCUGACGACGAUGACGAUGACGACUCGUCAUCCGACGAUGAAAACGAAAAGCUCGCGCGCUUUUUGCAGGCGCAAACGUCGAAUCGUCGGAAAACAUUUGAGAUGUGGCUAACCGAUAAAGAGGCGCAAUUGGUCAGAAACCAAACAAUAUUGGCAGGAAAAGCGAAGAAGGACGCCAUGACUAAAGAGAGAGAGGCUAACAGGAGACAAUUAACUGGAAAGACAUUCCAAAUGUGGCUUGAAGAAAAGAGCGAGUUCAAAAACCAGGAAUUUUUCAAGGAAAAAACCGCCGAGAGCGAGCAUAGCGAGGAAAGAAAGGCCGAGGCGGUGAGAAAAUAUCAGGAGUGGCUGCGAGCUAAGGAUAAGGAAGCCUUGGCACGAGAGGAUCGAUUGAGGGAAGAGGCGGCGGCUAAAUUUACUGAAACAAAGCAGAAAAGAGACGAAAAAAUGCAACGAGCGUGGUACAAGAAAAAAUUGACCGACAUGUUUUAACCCCAAAAUAAAUAUUUCUAAACGGGAAGAAAAACCCGAAACUUUCACCAACCACCUUCUGCGGAAUGAAAGUACUGCUUAAUAGCUUUCAUUUUUAAAUUAAAAUAAUAAUAAUUAAAAUUCAUUAGAGUGAACAACUUAUUGGGACGUGGAAGACGUUUUCUCCCUCAACUAGGGUGGCUAACAUUAGAACCUUAUUUAUUCAAAAAAUUCAGACACUCGGUCGUAAAUCAGGGGCAACAUUAAAUUUGUGAUCAGUGCCUAGAAGGAGCUCAGUCACGGUAUUUUGAGUAUUUUGGCUGCGUACAAAAUUACCCCUAAAUUAAAGGAAGCCUGAAAAUGGCAGCUUACUAAGAUGGUAAAACACGAAAGAGAUAAUAAUAUACCAUAUGAGAACAAGGAUGGUUAAGGAUGAAGAAGAUUAACACGGCUUACAAACGACCAACUUGAAAAAUUUAGUCUAAACUUUUUAAGAUGCUCAAACUGUGACGUAGCUCCUUAUAAUACCACUGCCAGUCACGCGCACAAGGAGAUAUGGCGAUCACUUUCUGCAGUUUCAAAACUGAAGGUUAUUAGAGAUCAAAAGCUUCAUCUCAAGUAAAACUAUUUUAUUAACUGUCUAUAUACAUUCUACUUUCACACUUUUUUAAAAGCAUGUGAGAAACUGAGUGAUCAACACUUUUCAGAGUCAUGCAUGCCUACUUCUCUGAAAAACAUUUCAUUUAAAUAUCGCCACAAAAGGUAAUAUUCAGAAUUGCGUACACAUUGUUAAAUAAUUCAUAAAAAUUACAGAGUAAUAAGAUAAAAAUUUCUCGGAUUCAAACAAAUUCCUUAUUUGAUUCUUAUUUUUCUUCACCUUUCGACCCUCCUUGAGGACAUUUAUUUCGGUUUUCGUUACAGUACAAAAAUACAUUUGAGUUAAAAUCGUUUAUUAUAUAAGUUCCUCUGUGCAGCGUAAUUGCCAUCAAAAAAUGACAUCCACAAAUACCCAAACCUUUUUCCAACAAUGUGAAAAAUACGCUAAAUCCUAGACUGGAAAAUUCCUAACUAAGACCACUACUAUGUAAAAAAAA